AGACAAAAAGAAUAUAGCAAUUGGUAAAACUUUUUAACAAGGAAAAUGUAACCUUGUUAGUCCGAGAAUUUAUUAAUUCAUUAAGAGGAAUUCGAACAAAAGAAAGGAGUUUCAUUUGUAUUUAAAAAUAUUUGACAUCAAAUAUUUAUUUUUUAUUACUUCAUUAAUUGACCAUUGAAUUUGGUCAAAACAAUCAACAAACAUAGGAUACAAUUCGCCGACAUUCAAGUUUUAAAUAACGACAGUUUAUUGAAUUAUUAAAUGUGAUUGAGAUACAUCGAUAAUCAAAUUAAAUUUAAUUUAGAUAUAUUUAGAAAAAAGUAAAGGUUAAUUUGAUAAAUCCUAAUAUAUAUACAUUUCAUUGAAACCCUUUAAGGAAAUGUUUAUAUAUAUUGUACAUAGUAUAAUAUAAUUACUCUGUGAUAAAUAUCAUGAACCAUGUUAAAAUCAAGUAAAUCAAAUAAUUCUACUAAAAAGAAAGUUAAAAGGACCAAGGAAAAGAAGAAUAAUUCUAGUAAGUUGCAGAAUACAAAAAAUGAAAAAGUGACAGAUGUUGUAAAAAAUAUAAAACAGAAUAUUAAACCAUCACAAUUGCAUGGUAUAUGCAAUUCAUCUGAACAAUCUCAAAGUUCUUCAAUUACUCAAUUAAAUAAUGUUUCGAAUCAGAAAGAUAUAGAAAGAAAUUUAAUAGAAAAUAAAAAUAUUACAUUUCAAAUUUAUGCUAAUAAUCCACCUUCAUUUAAUAGUUCUUAUUUAACAACAAAGGAUCUUUCAUUGAAAAGAAACCCAGAUGAUCUGUUUAAUUUAAUUUAUUCGGAACAAGUUACUUUAACUCUACCAAAUCGAUCAUGGUCAAUAUAUUUUACAGAAAUACCAAUUCGUUGCAUUGUUGUGAGUGAAAUAACUUUACAUCAUGAUAGUGGAUUAGGAUUUAUACCUCUUUACACAAAACAAAUUAUCUUUCAUGAAAAAAUGACAUAUGAAAUUUUUUUAUAUAAUUCAAAAGCUUCAGAAAAAAAUUUGUCUCCGAUAGAAACAAUAACAGAUGUAAUGAAUAUUAUAACAUAUACGAAUAAUUUGAAACUUUGUAGUGGUGGGCCUGCAGUAAGUCUGUAUAAUAAUAUUAAUAUAGAAUGUGCUUAUAGAGAUAAUAAGGAAAAAUGGAGACAUAAUUUAUGUAGUUUGGAAGUAAGUGAAGGUGAUACAUGUGAAUUAUGUCUUUCGCUAAAAGAUAUAUUAAAUCGACAUGUACAACGUAAUAAAUCAUCAUCAAGAACAAAAAAUUUUAAUGGUUCUGGAAAAAGAAAAAGAACAUCUCUACAUUAACGAUAUAAAAAAUAAUAUUUAAGAGAUAAGGUAUGAUAGAUAAUUGAAAAUCUUAUUAUAGAUCGAUAGACAGUUUUCUAUGAAUGGGGAAUUAUAUUAUUGACAAAAAAACAAAUCCAAAUUUAAUUUCAGAUAUAAAUUUUUAGCUUUUCAAUAUUUCUACUUUUAUAUAAUUAAGCUUUCAGCAAAUAAUUGUCAAAUAGCUUUAUAUUAUAGAUACUGUUAAUAAUAUAUGUUUUAUAUAUAUACAUACAUACAUAU